AUGGGGGUCAACGCGUCUACAUGGCAGCAGACAUUAAUGGCGAAUAGCCCAUCCCAGGAGUCUACUCGGUACUUCAUCGUAAGAAUAGAGGGCAUCUUGAUUCAGAUUGAGAUGAAUGGACGAAAAGUCCAUGCCUUACUGGAUACCGGAGCAGGUAUCAGUUACCUUCCUGUAUCUCAGAUCAAGCCGGAAGAAUUAGAUAAUCAAGCUCUCCCUCUGCUCCAAAAAAUCUCCACUCAGAUCAAUAAUGCUUGUUUGUACUCUCAAAAAGUUAUAGUCGAUCUGGACUGGUCAGGCCAAAAAAUCAGAGUUCACUCUGAAAAUCACGAAGAUUCAUUUGAAAUCUUAAUUCGUUUUAACUACGAAAUAGUGAACGAGCCCAAAAGUAUCAAAAUUGUUAAAGGGCGUGCUGUGUCUGUGAUCUCCUACAACAAAGGAAUCAAAGAAUUCUGGAAGAAUCAUCAAGAAGGAUUUCUGUCUGUUGUACGGUAUCUUUUAAAGAUGUUUCGAUGUAAGAUUUCAAUUGAUAGUCGUUACUAUAAUAUUGUUCAAUUACAACCAGCUAUUUCUGAGUUGAUUGAUCUACAACUGGAAUUCAAAAAGCUCACUAUUUCCUUUGAUGGAUCAAAAGAUGAUGAAAACUUGUUCUGGAACAAGAUAUCCAGUAAUUUUAGACUGGUCGAGGAUCUUAUCAUCUCUUACAGUUGUGAUCCUGCUUUCAGACCAGUUUUCACUUCAUGGCCUCAGAAUAUUGAUAUCAGGAGUUCCGCUUGGUUCACUUUAAAAUCUCUCUUGACGUGCACUUGCACUACAAUUACACUUUGGAAUUCUAUUCUGGAAAACAAGGAUUUGGAUGUAAUACUUAAGAAGUGGAAGGCUGGAGGGUUCCCGAAUCUAAAAUGUCUGAUGAUUUUCAGUCCGUACUUCACAGAUAAUGGAGAACAGAUUUUGAGAACGAGUUUGAGGGAAUUAGACAGGAUGGUUAUUCAAACUGAUGAUGGAUCAAAGAAGGCAACUCUCAGAACUAGAGGCAGAGGUUUUGAGACUGGUUACAGCAGAAUCGAAAUGUCUGUGACUUCAUUUUAA